AUGAGCUCAGUACAUCAUCAUUCAUCUGGAGGAGGAGGAAAUAAUGUUGUCGGCGUACACUACAAAGUCGGCAAGAAGAUUGGUGAGGGAAGCUUUGGCGUCAUCUUCGAGGGCACGAAUCUCUUGAACAAUCAAACCGUCGCCAUCAAAUUUGAACCGAGAAAGUCAGACGCACCCCAACUAAGGGAUGAAUACCGUUCCUACCGUAUACUCGCCAGCUGUGUCGGCAUUCCCCAGGUAUACUACUUCGGUCAGGAAGGUCUCCACAACAUCCUCGUCAUCGACUUGCUCGGUCCUAGCUUGGAGGAUCUCUUCGACAUGUGCGGCAGGAAGUUCAGCAUCAAGACCGUGUGUAUGACGGCGAAACAGAUGAUCUCUCGCGUGCAAACGAUCCACGACAAGAACCUCAUCUAUCGGGAUAUCAAGCCCGACAACUUCCUGAUCGGGCGUCCGGGAACCAAAGCCUCGAGCAUCAUCCACGUCGUCGACUUUGGGAUGGCCAAGCAGUACCGUGACCCUAAAACGAAGCAACAUAUCCCUUACCGGGAGAGGAAGAGCCUGAGCGGGACGGCCAGAUACAUGAGCAUUAAUACCCAUUUGGGAAGAGAACAAUCCCGGCGGGACGAUCUUGAAGCCCUCGGCCACGUGUUCAUGUACUUUCUUCGAGGAGGUCUGCCAUGGCAGGGUCUCAAAGCGGCGACGAACAAGCAGAAGUAUGAGAAGAUUGGAGAGAAGAAGCAGACCACGCCGAUUAAGGAACUCUCUGAGGGUUUCCCGGAAGAGUUUGGCAUAUACCUGAACUACGUGCGCAAGCUCGGGUUCGAAGAAAACCCAGACUACGACUUCCUCCGCGAGCUGUUCACCAAGGUGUUGAAGAACCUCGGUGAGCAGGAGGAUGGUGUGUACGAUUGGAUGCUAUUGAACGGCGGAAAGGGGUGGGAGGCGAGCGCGGUGAGUGUAUUGCUAUGCAUCUUCCGUGGUGGACAACGGCAUCCUUACGUGUAUGCCUAUUAA